CAUGCAUUUGUAGCUUGAUCAACUUUAAGCACAAUUUAGCCUCGAUUUUCUGUCUAAAAAUGCCGCUUUGGACUAGUUUUAGCUAGUUAAAGAUGUUGUCCAUGAAAUUAACCUGGUUGUGUGAAUAGUUGAGGUUAAAAAAUUGCGCAAAUAAAGUCAGUUUUUAGGGGAAAGUUGGCGACGGUGUUACGGAGAUUUUUGUGGACCGAUCGAUCAUGUUCUAACGGUGGUCUUGUAUCCAUGUAAUCCCUCAGUGGUCCAGAUGCCUUCCUUUGACAUUUUAAACCGCGUGGAGCUGUAUUUACGAAAAAGAAAAUUUCAUCCCGAGACCACAGCUGCGCAGCGAUAUGUGGCCCGGAAAGCCAGCAAGCACUUCAUAUAUAAAGAUGGGUGCCUGUUGCGUAAGUACAGAGGGCGCCUCCUACAGGCCGUGAUGAGUGAGGAGCAGGUGCGGGAAAUCAUGGUCCAGUUCCACGACAACAAUAACCAUGCAGGGAGAGUACGCAUGGUCCGGGAGAUCAUGUCCAUGUAUUACUGGGUGGGGGUGACGGACAUGGUUAAAGAUUACAUAAAGCGCUGUGAUGCGUGUAAAGAGAGAAGAGCUCCAGAGGCCUCAGAGGUGGUGCAGUACUGUUUGGCCUAUGGCUGCGACGGAUCCAGCUACAUCUACCCAGAGCUCACCUUCCACAAGUUCCCUAAACCCGGGGAGCAGAGACAGCGUUGGCUGGUGGUUGCUCAGAGAGACGAGGGCUCGGUCAGAAAAGGCUCCAGACUUUGCUCCAGACACUUUGAACCCGACUGUUUCUUUAUGAACGAAGAGGGACACAAGGAGCUGAGGCCAGACGCAGUGCCCACCAUCAUUGGGGUUUCCAAACAGACGUCAGACUCAGAAGAGCCUCUGUUCCACCCCUCGUCUCUGGAGGACCUCUUAACCUGUGCCGCGGCCACAGCAGAGGUGUGUCCGGUGGGCUUCAGCUCGGAGCAGAGUGACCCUCCCCUCCAGGAGCACCAGUACAGCCUCAGAGUCCCAGAACGCCAUCCGAGAGAGGCCCCAGACCCAGUGCAGGAGUCCAGGCAGAGUGCUUCAUUCACCACAUACAACCACAUUGCCAGGUAUCUGAGCCACAGGAUUCUUCCUCAACAAAGCAAAAAGAGAAAGGGCUCUUUGAGGAGGAUGGCCAAGCGCUUCACUCUCAUUGAUGGAGUCCUCUACUACAACCUGCGCUCUCCUCCGGUCAGGGUCCCCCGCAGCAGAGAGGAGGUUAAUGCGAUCCUGCAGCAGUUCCACGAUAACGGCGGUCACUAUGGACACGGCACCUGUUUUAAAGCCAUUGUGAGACAUUAUUACUGGUACUCCAUGAGCAGAGACCUGUCGUGUUGGAUCUCCCGCUGUCCCACCUGCCUCAGCCGAUCUAAGAGGAAGUGGCUCCGCUGCAGCAUCAUGACCUGCACCAACUGCUGUGGGCCCGUGGAGAGGAAGCUGGGGCUCACCUUCCACAAUUUCCCCAUGGACAGCCCCCCUCUGCUGGCUCGCUGGCUGAAGGCGGCGGGGCGUCCUCACUGGUACCCUCACCUCUGGUCCUCUGUCUGCUCUGUUCACUUCACUGAGGACUGCUUUGACCGCUCAGGGGGCAGAGAGGUGCUGAAGCCAGACGCAGUGCCCACCAUCAAGACCCACGGAGAUGAGGCGAUCCAGGGUCUGAACGAGAGUCAAAAUGCUGCAGAGGCGGACGAGGAUCAGGAGGAUGCGUUUUUUGCCAAAUACGACGCCGUGGAGCUGUACAUCUCCACUAGGACCUACCCCCCUGGACUCACCUAUGUCGAAAAGAACACCUUCAGGAGGUUCUGCAAGAAGUAUUUUGUCAAAGAUGGUGUUCUUCAUAUUCGGGUGAGAGAUCGCGCAGUGCCAGUGCUCAGGAACAGACAACAGGUGAAUGAGGCUCUGAGGGAAUAUCACGAUGAACUCAACCACCUGGAGGUCAACAAGUGUCUGAGGCUACUCAACGAGAGAUGUAACUGGAGAACGAUGCGCUCAGACAUCACUCAGUGGAUCAGUAAAUGUGUAGUGUGUCGUCUGAAAAACAAACCUAAAAUUCCUCCUGUUCAGAAACAAGACGGAGACAAGAAGCUGAGGCCUCAACUCAGCAAACACAGGGCACACAGUGAUUCAGAGGAGGAAGAGGAGGAUGAAAACAUAAGCGAUGGAAGCGAAACUGAGUCUGACACAGAAAUAAAAGUGCAGAGGGUUCAACCAAAGCCUCAAAAGCAAGUUCAGGUCCAAGUCAAGACCCCAGUCCAGUCUCAAACUAAAGUCAGGGUUCCUGCUCAGAAUCAAGUCCCAAACAAAGUCCAAACUCCAAUAGAAACUCCAAAUUCCAAAGUGCAUAUUCAGGUCCAGAAUCAGGUCCAAACUCAAAUCCCAACCCAAAUCCUGUCUCAAGUCCAGAUUCAGUCACAGACCCAAGUCCCAACCCAAGUUCUGUCUCAAGUCCAGACUCAAUCACAGACCCAAGUCCCAACCCAAGUUCUGUCUCAAGUCCAGACUCAAUCACAGACCCAUGUCCCAACCCAAGUUCUGUCUCAAGUCCAGACUCAAUCACAGACCCAAGUCCCAACCCAAGUCCUUUCUCAAGUUCAGACCCAAGUACAGACUCCAGUCCAGGUCCCAAUCCUGGUCCACCUUGGCCCUCCUUUAAACCUUCAGUCUGGAGGCCCCAUUCUCCUGACCCCGAACACGCUCAUGACCCAGAUCUGGGGACAGGAGCAGAACCCGACCAGCACCAGCACUAAAGCAGUGACACAGGGGAAACAGGCCAAACAGAGCAAGAAGGAAAAAUCGGAAAUCCAAAUGGUGAAUCCGAACACGAUGAACUACCAGCACGAGGAGCAGGUGCAGACGAGUCGGGGCAGACAGCAGGUCCUCAUGCAGAGGGUGGAAGUGUCCCACACAGAGGUGAUCCAGGCCUCUCCCUCUGAGGACACACACAAACAGAGCGCCCAGAGUCCGCAGAGACCCACACACAGUAGCAGAGGGCGCCCUCUGAAGAGAAAGUUCUUCCCAGAUGAGGAGGUACCAGUGAAAAAGGUGCAGAGGGAGAGUGUGGAGCCUGUGGUCUCCAGUUCCAAACCAGAGUGUGCAACACAGAGUCCACAGAGACAGACAGCGCAGAGGGACAAGAAGAGAGCAGACAGUGAGCAUUCCCUGGAGGCUCGUGUAGUGGUGCAGCAGUGCAGCCGCGCCAGAGUCAAAACCCGAGCUGGAGUCGACGGAACAGAGUCACAGUAUGCACAGAUCGGAGAAGGCCUCGUGGUUUACGUGUGUUUCUUUGAAGGAGCCACAGAUGACACCACUCAGAGAAUAGCGGACUCCAUCAUGAACACUCGUUUCUUCCGCACUUCACUCCGUCGGCAGAUCUGUUCUGUGCUGGACCUGCCUGGCUCUGUGCUGCUGGUGCCUCAGGAGUCUCUGGGGUUUGAACCAGGGCCUCGUCGGAGCAUGCAGAGCAGAGGUGUGAGCGAGGCUUGGGUGGGCAAACAGCUCUUCUCCAGCCUCUACCUCCACUGCACCCAUCUGCUGUGUGCCAGGGCGACAGGAGGGGGCACCGUGGAGCAGGGGCUGUACGGGCAGAGGCAGGAGAUUGAGAUAACCUCCACAGAACCAAUGAGCCACGUCCUGGAGUUUUAACCACUGCCAACAGCAAGACAACCUGGAGCAGAGUCAAAACCCACAAAUGUUUCCCUGAUCAUUUCUAUUAGUGACGACGUCCAUUCUCCUGCUGUAUAGUUUUUGUAUGUAUGAAACACACACUGAAGUCUUAAUGCCCUCUCAUUUCCCCAUAUCCCUGUGUGUCAGAUGCCCUUCCAUUCCUAUAAUCCUGUAGCGUUAGACUAAGAUGGGGGCAGGCCAAAUAUCUUUAGUUAAUAUUGUGGUGAUUCAGAUGCCCUCCCAGAUGUUGUGGUGUGGUUGGAUAAAUACAGGACAGGUCAUUGUCACUGAUAGAAAUUAUCAGGGGAAAAAAACAUUUGUGGAUUUUUCUUUUGGAGAUUUCUGAUGAAAAUACCAGAGAAGGUAUCUACUUUUUAUGGGAGAGAGACUUAGAGCAUAUUCUACCACACUAAUUGGAUAUUUAGGAGCAGGUGAGCAUGUAGUCUUCAAAGUUAAUGUGUUUGAAGCAGGAAAAAGCUAUAAUUUGGUUAAAUCUUAAAAUAAAUGGUUUAAAUUAUAGUUUGAAAAUACUUAAUGCAUUAUUGUUCUGGUCUUUUCUUUAAUAAUAUUGAACUAUCAUGAAAGUUAAUAAUAUAUAUUUUUUUACAAUAAAUUGUAUUGAUUCAAAAAUAUUUUCAAGAAAAUUAUGAAAAUGUACUGAUGUAUUGAGUUCUGUAACUACAACAAUAGUCAAAUGUAAUUUCUCCUUUCAGUUUAUUCCAGUACUGCUCUGAUACACUUCCCUGGAUGUAUAUUUGUAUUGUGUUGUACAUUGAAGACACUUAAACAUGUAAGAUA